UCUGUCAUUUAUACACAAUGACAACAGCGCUGCUCUGACAUAUUCAAGUCAUUAGAUGGGAUAGAAACGUGAGAUUUAAGACCCUCUCUCGUUUUCCACUGCUCUCCACGCGCUUUCCUCCCCUUCCUCCUAACCUUUAAAUAACGAGGUUAGGCGAUGUUCCCAUGCAAUUAAUGCCAAUGGCUUGUUUGAAUCUGUAUUGAAGCCCGUGCGUCCGAGCGCACUUGGCCGACGCCAACUGGACCUCAUCCGUCCCAUUUCCUGGACCAACUUCCCGAGGGAGGGACGGCGGAGCCGGCAUGGGAAAGUUCGCCCCAACUUUUCCCUUUUCUUUUUCCGAUUACAUCGAGUCAGUUUUAAAGAAGGCCAACGCGAGUCGAGUCGAGCCGAGUCGAGCCGAGCGGUGUAGACCACCACAGCGAGGAGCCGAGCGCAAACCAGCGCCCAGGAGACAGUGAGGAGACGCGCCCCGCUUCACGAGAGAGAAAGCAGAGGAUGUCAAGGGCUGACUGGUCCUUCCUGGAGCACCUGCUGGAGGAGGGCCAGGAGUACUCGACAGGCAUCGGCCGUGUCUGGCUCACCGUACUCUUCCUGUUUCGCAUGCUGGUACUGGCAACUGCCGCAGAAUCCGCCUGGGACGACGAGCAGGCCGACUUCGUCUGCAACACGCGUCAACCUGGCUGCACUCCCGUCUGCUACGACAGAGCCUUCCCCAUUUCCCACUUUCGCUACUUUGUCCUCCAAGUCAUCUUCGUGUCCACGCCGACCAUCUUCUAUUUCGGAUAUGUGGCUGUAAAGGCUGGGAAGGACAAGGCAAAAGAGGAGGAGGAAGGUGGAGGAGUUUUAAUAGAAGGGGCCAAAAGGAAUGUGACUAAAGACAAUGCAGAGGAAAAGGAGAAACCACAGGAUGUGGGGAAAGGUAGAAAAGCUUACAAGGCUUCACCUGAGGCCCCGAAACUGAAAGGCAGGCUGCUGUGUGCGUAUGCAUUUAGCAUCCUGUUAAAAGUCCUCCUAGAGGCUGGCUUCAUCAUCGGGCUGUGGAUCCUCUACAACGGCUUCCUCAUACCAGCAAAGUUCGAGUGCACAGAAGUCCCCUGUCCUCACACGGUGGACUGCUUUGUCUCUCGACCCACAGAGAAGACCAUCUUCACCAUCUACACUCAGGUGAUCGCCACCAUCUCCCUGCUCCUCAACCUCGUGGAGCUCCUCCAUCUCCUUCAGCUCGCCAUCUCCCACCAGCUGGAGAAGCGCUACCGUGCCCAGCGGCAGGACUACUUACCUCGGCCUGAGCAGGCACCGGCCGGACAAAAGACUCCAGAGCUCCAGGCGGAGGUGUCACAGGCUUGCAAUGCAGGGGGGCACGUCAACGUCCCCCUGCAGGGUGAGGCUGCAUGCUACUCCAACCCGUGUGAGAGUUACAGGGAUCUGACAAUAGAGGCAACCUGGGGACCCGGGGAAGCUGGGAAUGACUUGCUUCCUAGUUACAUGAACUGCAUGGGGGCCAUGAGGACAACCCCUAGAGUCCAUUAUAAAAAACAAGCACAUCACACUGUUAAAAACAGUAAGGGUGCCUAUAAGGGACAAUCAAAGCAGAAGCAUUAUGUUUGACGCAGUCAGAUGGGGUGACACGUUGUCUACGACUAUGAAAGCUUUGUUUGGUUUCCGAGUCUUCCGGUUUUGCGUGUACACUAUUCUGCACAUGAUAUUUGAGUGUCAGGAGUGCAGGGCGACGGCUCAAAUGAGGGAGAAAUGAAGAGAACAACAACCAUUGCACUGUGAACCCGAUGCCUCAGAGGCAGGUAGACAUUCAGACAGAUAAAUGAAGCUAUUCAAAACCGAACAUUUUGGGAACACUCCCCAAGGCAAAAGAAAAUGAGACUCUGCUAUGAGAGAAGAUUACAGUCAUAAGAUGCCUUCAUGUUGCGUUUAUGGCUUUUGGUUCGUAAUGUGACAGUGGAAAAAAAAAACACUGCAGUGGGGGGUCUGCGGAGGUCAGUGUGUAUGGGAGGGAGUGCACUGGAACCAGAUUUAAGCAUAUUCCACUGAGUUUUGCACUGUAACCCAUGGAGCCGUUUGAAGCCCCCUCUUCUCCCCAUGGCUCUUGUACACACUGUGGAAUGUUCUGGUCUCAGGGUCCCGCUCAGCUCCCAAGAGGAUAAUGGCUGGGCGGAUGCAGGCACGCAUGCAUGCACAUCCACAUACAAUGUAUUUUUCCCCUUUCACCCAGUGUGUUUUGGUCACUUGAGUUGGGGAUGUGGACCGGGAGGGCAUGGGAAUGCUGGGAUUGAACAAGGCUUAUCGUUUCCAGUAUCCGUGGUGUCUUAUUUAUGAAGGAAGCGGGAGCGAGAGAGGACCACUGCACACAUCAUCGCACGAGCUGAAUAAUGGAGCAAAGGCAAGCAUCCGGUUUGAAAAGCAAACCUUUUAGUGAGCUGCAGAGAGAAGUCAAAAGCACAUCAGUAAUUGCACAUCGAAUAGACUGAAAGAAGUACAGAAAUGUGCAGAUUCAAUGAAAGGAAAUUAAAUCAAAAUAUUUAAUGUUAAAGAUAUCGAAAAAGAAAUACCAGUGUUAAUAUUUAUUAUUUUAAAAAAUAAAGUAUAAACUACCAUAAAGGAUGUCAAUUUAUCAAUUGUGUAUCACGUGUCACAUUUUCUCCCCCACACAAUUACAUAUUGCAAUAUUUGCAACCUAUAAAAAGGCUCUCUAUGGUGAC